AUGUUGUUUUUCUUGUCGUUUAUUAUUUUUAUUAUUAUUGAGGGGGUGGGCCUCGAUGCAAAAAUGGCAACAAUAGAUGCGGCUUCCUCGACGACGAAACGCCGGUACGCGGCGAAGGUGGAGAAGGGUGAGAAUGCCUGGCGUCGCGAGUGGUCGAGUUUCAUGUCGGGCAUCAACAUGAAGGAGUUGCGAAAGGGCGGGGGCGUCAUCCUCCCAAAGUCUGCGGAUCUUGAGGUGGCGGAGACCAACAGCCGUGGCGACGCAUGCAACUUCUCGUAUUUGUUUGCGUCCCCCGCGGAGAAGAAGGCGGCGCGACUUGCGAGGCAGCGUGAGGACGAUGAAAGGCGGAAAAAAGGUGCACUUCAAAGGGCGGGGCAGUCCAGUAAUCCGAUGGCGCAGUUGAGCAAGCAUGAACGGACGUUGUUGGAGGCGAGGCAGCGUGGCCUGAAGAUUGACGGGAUGAAACGAAAGGAGGUGCGACAGUUCCUGCACUUAACGAUCUCAAAGGAGCAACAGGAAGCGGAACGGCACCAAGAGGAGUUCCGGCCGCAUGAGCUUAUGGACAAGAAACUGCAGUGGUACCAACAGGGCCCACAUCCCAUCGAUAUUAUUGCAGAGAAACUUGUUGUGCGAAAGGCGGCGAAGAAGGCGAAACAACUCGGGCUUCGCUACAACUAUUUGAUGCCGCAUGCAUCAUGGCUAGCGAAAAGGGAACAAAGGCGCCGGGAGCGUCUUUUAGUAGGGCUGGGUCGACGCUACUUGUUUGAUGAGGAGGGACGUAUGAUGGAUAUGUUUGGCAAUUACGUGGACACGAUGUUCUCCACGGCAGUGACGCAGGGCGUGCACGCCGGGGAGACGGGUAGGGAGGAACACAACGCAGAAUCGCAACACCCUCCAAUGGGGGAACAAAAGAAAAGAGACUCUUCUGUUGUACCAGCGCCAAACAUGUGCUCUGACGCUUUGAUUGAGCCUUGGAAAGCCUCCAGUUCGUACGUGCGCGCCGUGGUGCGGGACCGUCGGGUGGCAGACGCCAUUAAGAAUGCGAACAUCACCACUUCGUACAUCAGCAGUUCACUUGUGAUGGGUCCAAGCAUUGGAGUCGAUGACGAUGAGGAGAAUCCUCUUCUCGCGCAGAAACCUGUGAAACGAACGGAGCCUCGUCGAGUGAAAGCACGAGAGAUGCGGUCUAAAGCGGCCUCCUUUGAGCCGUAG